UGAAGGGUCUCCUCCUGAUUCGCGCGGAAAUCCCCUUGACUUAUCUUUUGAAAUGGUUACGCCUGUGCCCCCACCGGAGCAGUCGGCAGCACCAUUGCGCAAGUCAGAGCUGCGUGCGCGAGGAUCUACUGUCUCGUACCAGCCUGCCGUGCCUGCACCAGACAUGACGUUCACACGGCGCGCGGUAGGGCCAGUUCGCCCACAAAAAUCUGCAUUGACAGCAGUGCUGGUUUCUUCUGGGCGGUCAUCUAAUCCAUUCAGUGAAUUGUAUGCUGCCAUUUCUGGACGAGGGGAGACUGCAUCAAUGGAUGUGAAAGUCUUUUUCCCUCAUGCUCAGAAACCUGCUGGGGAGACCAUAAAUCUGAAUGUGAGGAAGGAUGCAAGUGUAGAAGAGGUUAUUGGGUUUUCGUUGUGGACAUAUUGGGAGGAAGGUUGGCUACCCAAGCUGGACGAGGACAUCACUGACGAAGAUGACCCUAAACUGUCCGCUGUUGGGUGGAUCAUGCGUAUCGCAGAAGAUGGGGAGGUGGACGAAGACUUCCCUCCACCUGAUCGUACAGGGAAAGCCUCCAAAUUCAACUUUGAUGCUUUUGCCGUGCUUCAAGCCUCGCAAACACAAAUACAACAAAAUCUUCAGUUGGAGGCUAAGAUACAGCGUCGACCAUCUAGAGUUAUGGCAGCACCCAAGAAAAUAGAACCCGCUCCAGCUGCUGGUCUUGCUCCUCCUCCGAUCUUCGGACCUGGUACAAGUGCAAUGUCCAGUACCACACCUAUACUUUCCUCUUCACUCGGUCCUUCAUCAAGUCAUGGACCACAGAUAUUCCUGCGCAUUAGAGUUGCAGAUACCGCUGAUGCUGUACAUAUUUCGACCACUAUACCUGUGUCGGCUGGGAUGUACAUGCAAGAGGCUUUGGAGCUGGUUUGUCGCAAACGCAGAAUGGCCAAUCCAAAAGACUAUGCGCUGAUAUUGAAUGAUACUGAUACGAGCAUCUUGAUUCCCUUGGAUCGUACCGUGGCUAGUCUACAGGGCAAGAAAGAGCUCACGCUUUGCAAACGCUCGAUGUUACCUCAAUUAGGAAUCGAACCUGAGCGAAGGGCCGCCCGGACGACAGAUCCGAACGCAUCGAUAUUCAAACGGAUUUCGGACGUUCCUGAGGUUCAGAUCAGCGCUGCAAUGGACUUCACUGCGGCGUAUAAGAAAUACACGAUCUAUAGGAAGAUGCCCAUGUUGACUCGCCAGGAACGCACGCUGGCAAUUGAUGGAGUCUACAUCCAUAUCAUGCCAUCUACAAACAAAGCCAAAGCUGUUUUCGAUAGCGGAAAGACGACAUCCUUCCACAUCAAAAGCGUUGUUGGUUGCCAACAGUCUACGAAAUCAUCAACGAUAUUCAAGAUAGUUGUACAGCGCGAUAGUAGGAAUAAAAGAUACGAUUUCGAGGCAGAUACCCCAAAACUUGCCGGUGAAAUUGUCCAGACCAUUCGAAGUCUGAAAGCUGCUUUGGAACGCUCGGGGACUGUAAACAAAUCUCGAAGAAGUAGACACGUUGUCUAAGACGAGUCCCAGUCAGUCGUCGCGCGUACUCACUGCCGCUGUUUGCAUUCCUAUAACGAUUUGGUCUCUGCGUGUAUGAUAUUUAGUUUGUCCCUCUUCUUUUUAUCGCAAUGCAUACGCUCUGCACUUGUUAAA